AAUAUGUGCAUGGUAAAUGAAAAUUUCUGUGGAUUUUUUUCUACAGUGGCAUCCAAACACUGAUGCCACAGACAGCUCGCAUGCACAGCUGUAAAACUGUUCCUUCCCACCCACCUCUCCCUCCUGUUUGUCUCUUUGUCCUUCUUCUUUCCUGUUAGAAGAAUCACUUCUUCUCUCUGGCUCAUCCUGCUGUGAACGUUCCUAAAGUUUACUGUUGCAUCAGUUGGACAUCAGGAUUUGGGAAGGACUGAGCGCGGACUAAUCGGGCGAUUAUCCGUAUACGCCAACUCUUCGUUUUCUUGCUGGGUGUCUCUGUGAAUGUGUGUGCUUUUGUGUUUGUGAUUGUGCGUCUGCAUGUACCUCCUACACCCCUCCCCUUCUCUCUAUCCUUGGAUUACAUAUUUUUGUACAUGUUACUGAGCAUCUGAUUGCUGUGGGGGGCUUUUUGUAUCCAUUUCUUCACCUUUCACUUUGUCUCUUCUCAAUGUCCGGCACUGUUGGGAACCUUUCUGUCAUUUGCUAUCGAUGGCUGUCACAGGGUUAACCCUCAAUGAGCCAUAAAGGACGGCAGGGAAGAAUGAGUGAGUGUUCUGGGCCAGCUGUUUCCGGGGCGGUGAUCCUGGAGGAACCUGAGGGCUCGGGGGCCCCAGGGGGUCGUGGUGAAGGCCAGGCCCAGGAUCGAGGUCCCAUUCGCUGUGCUGUUUGGCCUCGCCAGCAGACAUGGCUGUGUGUGGUGCCCUUACUUAUUGGUUUCAUUGGCCUUGGAUUGAGCCUGAUGCUCCUGAAAUGGAUUGUUGUUGGGACAGUACGGGAUUACGUGCCAACAGACCUGGUGGAUGCUAAUCGAAUAGGCCAGGAUCCUAUAUUCCUGUCUAAGCCAAGUGGAAUUCCCAAAAGUCCAGAUACUACUACCACCACAACUACUCCUACAGUUGAUGCUGGGAACCCCACGCCUAGAACUGUAACUGCUGCAAAAGGUAGAACUCGUUCCACUGCUACUAGCACUACUAUAAACCCUAGAGGGAGUGGAGCCUCGGGUAGCCAAGUAACCCCACGGAAUCCUGUGAAUCGUAACGGACGUGGACCUUCAGGUUUUACAACAACCACUGCAGCACCACGGACGACCUUCAUAAUUGGAGCAGCAACGUCUAGCCCCUCACCGUCCAAUCCAACUGUACUCCAUGACUCUACGCAGAUGUGGACCCCACAGCAUACUACUACUGAGACGGUCUCCACCACACUCUCUGCGCACACGCACAGCCACCGCAAAACACCAUCUCCAACUGUCCCUCCGCUGCACUCGGAGCAUUUCAAACCCUGUCAUGAGAAGGACCUGACCUACUGCCUGAACGGUGGGGAAUGCUUUGUCAUCGAGACGCUGAGCGGGCCUCACAAGCACUGCAAGUGUCGAGAAGGCUACCAGGGAAUCCGAUGUGACCAGUUUCUGCCGAAGACAGACUCCAUCCUGUCUGACCCAAAUCACUUGGGCAUCGAGUUUAUGGAGAGCAAAGAGGUGUACAAGAGACAGGUGCUGUCAAUCACGUCCAUCGCCAUGGCGAUCAGCAUCCUGGGAACCCUGUGCAUGGCCCUCUACUGCCGCAACAAGAGGCGCAGGGAGAAGCUCCAGGCCCACCUGAAGGAGAGCCGCAGUCUGAAAAACUACACGGCUAAUUCCCAUAAUGCUCUGGAUGCCAAGAUGAGGCCCCCAAACAUCAACCUGCAAAUGCAUGAGUGCUGCAAACGGUCCUCCCAGCCCCGCCAGGGCAACGUUUGUGAGUCCAGCUUUGCACACAGCAACAUCUCCACUGCGCCAUCCAACAGCUCCAGGGGUGCAGCAAAACAUCACAGAAGUGGUUCCUUGUCGCAUACCCCGGAUCAGAGAACCCGGACAGCCCAUUGGUCAGCUUCACGCAGGACCCCGCCCAUAGCCAGGGGAAGGCUAAAUCCAAUUGGAGGAUCCAAGUAUUCAGGCCCCGCCUACCAACACCUUCAGGAAGUGGACUCAUGUGAGAGGGAACCUGAAGCACAAAGAGGUUGCCAAACGCAGGGAGAAAACCAACACGACCACGCCAGACAAGAUGCUGUCCUGCAUAUGCAAGCUCCCGUUUCCAUGACGCCAUCGCCGUGGAGUGAUCGCACUCGUUCAGGCCUGCGCGCUCCGCCUGAGCACAGCGACCCCAAUCCCACCACCCGCAGCCUGCGCAGGCCUGGGCGCCGUCACAGCCGCUCUCCACCACCUCCGUUUCGCUCCUGCUCCAUCCCCAUCAUCCCCUCCGUCCAGUGUCACAAUGACAGCGAAGUGUCUUGUAUGCAAACCAGCGUCAGCCCGGCAACCGCAGUGAUGUCAGUUACCUGCAAGGAAGAGAGAAGGGAGAAGUUAGAACACGCCACCUUGUCGUCUCCUUCCUGCUCGUCCGCCACGGGCCAGCAGCAGGAUGAGGUGGCGCUGCUGUUGGAGGAGGCGCAGGAGCAGCUCAGGGCGUUGGCGUUGGCUCACAGGAAACAGGAGGAGGGUGGGAUCAGCGGUGGCGGCUCGACGGCUGUGCUGGUGGAGGCCAGAGAAACUGUUUGUUUCCUGAACCUUAAUGGAGGAGGUGCUGGGGUGCUGAGCUGUAAUGGACCCACGCAGACCCAGUUACUCAGCCCCAGCCUAUCACACAGAGACCUGGGCCUCAGCAGCCAAUGAAAGGACACGCUUUAGGACCUUCACUUUGACAGACUCUGGUGUUCUGCAUCCACUGGACGCAAAUGGAAAUGCUGAGUU